AUGUCAAGGCCUGCUGGUAGAACUAUAUUGGCAUCCACAAUUGCCAAACCUUAUCAAGAAGAAGUAAUUUCUGCUGUACAAAAGUUAAAUUUCAAGCCAACAUUAGUUGGCCUUUUGGCAAAUGAAGACCCUGCAGCGAAGAUGUAUGCCAAUUGGACAAGCAAAACUUGUGAAUCUUUAGGUUUCAAUUACAAGUUGAUUGAGGUAAACAAAAAUGAGUUGGAAACAUCUUUGAUCAAAGCCAAUAGAGACGACAAUGUGAAUGGUAUUAUGGUUUACUUCCCAGUGUUUGGCGACAAACAAGAUCAGUACUUGCAACAGUUAAUCUCCCCAGAAAAGGAUGUUGAGGGAUUGAACUUUUUGUACUACCACAAUCUUUAUCACAAUGUGAGAUUUUUGGAUCCUCCCAAGAACCAACAAAAGUCAAUCUUGCCUUGUACUCCUCUUGCAAUGGUUAAGAUUUUGGAGUAUUUGGGUGUAUAUAACAAAAUCUUACCGUAUGGAAAUCGUUUAUAUGGGAAAAAGAUUUUAGUAGUCAACAGAUCAGAAAUAGUUGGAAGGCCGUUGGCAGCUCUACUUGCCAAUGAUGGUGCUACAGUAUACUCAGUUGAUAUUAACAACAUACAGCAAUUCACACGUGGCGAUGAUUUACUGGAACAUAGACACUUGGUCGUGGAUUUAGAAGGAGAUGAGUAUACCGUAGAGAAGCUUGCACCUCAGUGUGAUGUUAUCAUCACAGGUGUUCCAUCUGACAAUUACAAAUUCCCAAUUGAUCUAGUGAGACAUGGUACUGUGGUGAUUAACUUUUCAAGUUCAAAGAACUUUGAUGACGAAAUCAAACAAAAAGCUGGUUUGUAUGUACCUUCCAUUGGUAAAGUCACCAUUGCUAUUCUACUUAGAAACUUGAUACGGUUGAUUGAUAACAAGAAGAUCAGAGCAAAAGAAGAAGAAGAAGAAGAAGAAUUAAAGGACAAACAUUAA